ACUACCCAAACAUUUCUGAUCGCGGCACCGACGUCGAGAUCCGACGCAUCUUCGAGGUCCCUGAGCCUCAGCUCACUGAUAACCUGACCGAGUUUUUCACGCGGGCGAGAACACUUCCGAUAGACAGCGAUUACGUAUUUUACAUCUUAAGGAUCAUGAAGAAGGUAGUGCCCAUUCGGGACGGGACAGAAGAUCUCCAAACAGCUCGGAAUAACAACUCGGGAUGGCCUCCUUCUGUGGAGUCAAGCGUUCGAGCUGGGCUGGUCGAGACCAUGAUUGCCAUAAUCUCUAACCCCUGGGACGAUGCGCUAUACGAAGAUACGCGUAAACUUGUCAAAGGCUACAUGGCGAAGGAGCUGGCCUGGAGUAUCCUGAUCAAUGUCUCUGAGUGGGGAGACUUUCAUGAGCGACACUCCCUGCUCGACAAACAACUGAAAGCAGGUGUUACUCAGCUAUGCUUGAAAAAUCUGUACCAUCGCGUGCUGUUGUUUAGCCGCCUAGCGUUGCAGCUGCUGUUUGCGUUGUGCCGCCACUCUUUUCUCCCCGAAAAGCUAUCACCUGGCGAAGUUGGCACUGUCACCGAAUGGCUCUGCACCUUUGCACUGCAAGAUGGUGACUGCUACGCCGAUCAGCUGAUAGAUCCAGCGAAGAAGUGGCAGUGGGAAUUCAGCAGUCUAAGUCUGGAGGGUCCAUGGAACAAAGGCGAUGAAACUCGGCGUCUAAUGGCUAGGCAUCUGUUUGAGCAAAACCAAACACGGGCUCUCAACUCCGUCCGCGUUCUACUAUGUAUGGACAGAACUUCGUCACCGACUCGGCUGCUUCAAGUCAUCAAACAGACCCCAACGAUCAUUGACUUGCUUUUGGAUUGCAUGACUAUCGAGUUCCCCCGCGUCUUUCCAAAAAGCACACCAAGCUCACUAGCAUCCGAGGCUUUAUGCGCCUUGUUUGCGUGGUCACCGGACGUCGUCCCCGGAGUAUCAACGUCAACGGAGAAAGUCCUUGCUGCGGGUGACAUAAAGGCAUUGAAGCAAUCAAUGCAGUUUCUCACUUCGCAGGACAAGUGGGUAGAUAGGGUUGUACAAGCGUGGAUGGACUCCGAAGAAUGGAGUGAGGACUCUGAAGUUGUCAGACGUAGCUUCGCUGCUACGAAAUCCCUCUAUGGCGCUUGGGGAUCACCAACAAAGAUGAGAGCAGUUGCGAACAUCCGCGACGGGCUCGGCCGCUCUCGCAUAUCAAUCCUUCGCCUCAUCACCACACUGACGCAUUGCGCUGACGCUGCUGGUGUCAAAAACGUCGAUAUCUAUCCCUUACUUGCCGUGUCAUACCGGGCUAGCUUCAAGAUUGGCGCAGAAGAGCACCAUCGUACGCAAGAUAUUUGCGAGUGGCCGUUAUGGACAAACCUGGCGCUCGUGCACGUCGGGUACAUCGACCCUUUUCAUGUGGCUCCGGAGCGUAUAAUCGGACCUACGGCUUUCGCACGUCUAUUACUCAUAUUGGCCCAGCGAAAUGCUCUAAACAGCAUCCAACUUCUCCAGAGAACACCCCACGGCCUAUCUCCUACAACCUCCCUCGCUCAGUUGCAGCAAAUGACGCAUCCGGACAUCAUACGGCGUUUUCUCAAAAUUUCCGUCUAUCGGGCCAGGAUUUAUAUGGAUAAGGCGACAGACAUGGAAUUACUCGGCCACGCGAAGGAGAAUUCGCCUCUAUCCAGCGUCGCAUUCAAUAGCACCGCGGAGCUCGCAGCGUCUAUCGUUGCCUUUGUCAAUCUUACGGGCGACGUAUACACCGGCGCUACGUACAGGGCCCAUUUCACGCUUGGGAUGGCUCUGGCAAGCUUAUCUCAGUCAUCGCUACAAAUGAGGUUAUGGAAACGUGCUUAUUCGUGGGCUCUGACGGCGCUUGAAUUCGACAAGAAAAACGCCCCUGAGGAGAAGCUCAGUGACAUUCUUGUUAAGGGUUGCAACCGGGCAGUUCGCGAAUCUAAACAGGCCCUUGAUCCGCAGUAGAAGAGAAAUAAAG